AUGAAGUUCACCACUCUCACAGCUGCCUUGGCCGGCGUCACCUCCGUCAGUGCUGCUUGGGAAUCUAUCUACAUUGUCAACUCCAGGAAGGGCAAUGAGAUCUCCAGCGGCUGUGCAUACUACGCGGACAAUGCCGGGGCUUGGGGUAGACGCCCUGACGACUAUGUUGACGUUACCCAUGGGCAGCACCACGUUUGGGAAGGCAAACGCACAGCUUGUCGAUUUAAUUCAGGCGUUACUUUCAACGUCGACAUUAACGCCAAUGCCUUCGAUCAAAGAUACAACGCUUGGGUUGGAGGCGGAAACAAUGGAUUCAAGCAGUUUACUUGCCAUAAGACCCAUGACAGGGCUGUCACUGUUCCAACUUUGUACACUGUAGAUGGUUGGACUGUUCAGGGUAUUUACUGGUGCAGGGAGUAUGUGGGAGGCAAGCGGGGAUGGACUGCUUAG